CGGAAGCCUCCAGCCAAUGGGAGGCGAGGGGCUUGCUCGGGGUGGCCAAUGGCAGCCGCCGGAGCGGAACCCGGAGCCCCAAAUGCCCGGGCUGUGCUUCAAGAGAGAGGGGGGAAAAAGAUGACACAGAACCUGUCGGGCCGGAGAAGCAGUCUUGGCAAAGUUUCAGUGACGGAGCGGGACCUUCCCCAGGAUCGAGGGUGAACAGAACAGAGAGAAAGAAAGGGGUUGGCUGCUUUCCUUCCUUCCUUGCAUCCUUUUUCUCUCUCCCCCCCCCCCACCCCCACCUCAAAGAGGGGGCUCGCGUGCUUCCUCUCUCGCGCGCGCGGGGUGGUGGGGGGUCGCGUGCGACUCCGCCGAGGAUGGAGCCGCCGCCGCCGCCGCCGGCGCGCGCCCAGACCCCGCACGCGCCGCUCCCUCAACCGCCGCCGCACGAGCCCAUCAGCUUCGGCAUUGACCAGAUCCUCAACAGCCCCGACCAGGAGGCGCGAGGGGCCGACGCCAGCUACUUGGGGAGCCCCAACGGAGGAGGAGGAGGGGGAGCAGCAGGAGCAGGAGCGGCGGCAGCAUCCGGGGGAGGCCGAUCCGGGGCGCCCUACCCGUCCUUCGCCGGCCUGGGCGGCCCCUUCGAGGACGCGGGAUCUUACAGUGUCAACCUGAGCCUGGCGCCCUCCGGCGUGAUCCGGGUGCCGGCCCACCGGCCCAUCCCCGGCGCCGUGCCCCCGCCCAUCGCCUCCGCCAUCCCCGCCAUGCCCGCCGUGCCCGGCCUGGGAGGACUCAACUUCCCCUGGAUGGAGAGCUCCCGGCGCUUCGUCAAGGACCGCUUCACCGACUUGGAAAUCCCCUUCGCCCCUUGUGAAGCAAGUGUUCUGGCAGCGGCGGCGGCCUUGACGCCUUUCACGGUGACGCGCCGGAUCGGGCACCCUUACCAGAACCGGACCCCUCCGAAGCGGAAGAAGCCGCGCACCUCCUUCUCGCGGGUCCAGAUCUGCGAGCUCGAGAAGCGCUUCCACCGCCAGAAGUACCUGGCCUCCGCCGAGAGGGCCGCGCUCGCCAAGUCCCUCAAGAUGACCGACGCCCAGGUCAAGACCUGGUUCCAGAACCGCAGGACCAAGUGGCGGCGACAGACGGCAGAAGAGCGAGAGGCCGAGCGGCAGCAGGCCAGCCGCCUGAUGCUGCAACUGCAGCAUGAUGCCUUCCAGAAGUCUCUCAGCGACUCCAUCCAGCCAGACCCACUCUGCCUCCACAACUCCUCGCUCUUUGCCCUCCAGAACCUGCAGCCCUGGGAAGAGGAGGCUGGAAAGAUCCCACCCGUCACCUCCUUGGUCUGAGGAAGAGGCCAAGGACCAGAGAGAGAGACAGAGAGACAGCAGGCCCUCCUCCCCUCCUCUCCCUGCAUGACCCCAAGGCCUGGGUAAGAGGAGAAGGGACCACCCCACUGCCGCUUGCGAGGGAUCCAGGAGGAAAGGGAUCAUGCCAGCCUCCAGUGCCGGAUUUCCAUUGUGCUUAGGUGUGCUUAAGCACAGAGCCCUGUUGGCCAGGGGAGGCUAUCUUCCGGCCAAAGAUGGAUUUUAUUUAUGUGGUGUAAUUCUAAAUUUGAAGGCUUUCGAUUUCAGUGAUCGAUAGUCUAUGGGAGUACUUCACAAAGCAGGAAGUGUAGGCCUACCAGGCCUACCUUCUUCAGGACUCAAGGAAGGAAGGGUCCUCAUAAUUUAACUAACACAGGGCCUAUUUGGUCCUCAAUCUGGCACUGCCACCCAUUUGCCAGGCACAGCCUUCCUUCCCUCCCUCUACCAUGGACUGCCAUGUUGGCUUCAGCUGGUCACCUUCCCUGCUUUGGCACAAACUUUUCUCACUGUUGGGGAAGCGGAAAAAAGUCUCUCUCCAAAGGCCUUGCCCCCAUGUCACUGCAUCCUCUUUGGGCUGGAGGCUGGUUGGCAAAACCAAGCACAAACCUCAGCAUUGGGCAGACUCUGGGAAAAGGAAAAAAGGCAGGGAAGCUCCGCAACCCUUUACCUGGUCCCUCUGGCAGGGCUUGGUCCUCUUUUCCCUAUGGCAUGUGUAAGUGCCACCCUUGGUGUGGGGUGGAUGUUUUCUUUGGGGUGACCUGGCCCCCUCACACAGAGACUUCUGCCCUCAAAGGGAAGGGGAAGAAAAGGAAACGGGGGUCUCUUUUUGGUUGGGUUGAGCCUUCUUUUCUUUUUUGAUGUGAAUAAUGUAUUUAAUGCACCAAGAUGCCCAGCACUGUUAAUAGGGAGAAAGAAGACCUUGGUUAUAUAUAGAAUAUAUAUAUUAUAUAUGUGGAAAGCUGAACAAAUAUUUAAAGUCAGUUGGGAAUGGGAUGGGGAAGCACAAUGAAUGGGGAGGGGUGAGGUUUCCCACCUAGGGCCCUUACCUGGGCUGUUCCAUCAUCUAACCUCUCCUCCCUCCCGGAAAAUCAUUUAGCAGAGGCAAAGACAUUUAUUAUCCGGAGCCCAAAAGCCCUCUGCUUCCAGCUAUUUCUCUCCCUAAGGCAACGCACCCAGUAAUUUAUUGCCUCCCUCUUCUCCUGAAGGAGGGCUUGUUUUUCAAGCGAAGUCAAGCCGCCAUAUUUAUUUUAUUUAUCUUAUUUAUUUAUUUAUUGUGGGGUUUGGCCUCAGUUUCUCCUUGUGGCAGGAAAGGAACAUAAUCACAGAGGGUGCUAUUGUGGAAGAGGUUGAAAAAAAAGAGAAAAAAAAACACAGAGAGAAAGAUGAUCAAGAAAAACAGCCCCUCCCCACGCAGAGUAGAGAAAGCGCCUUAUGUUUCAUAAUCAAAGAAAAAAAUAUACUGAGGAAGAGUUGGAAGUUGAUCCAUGUAUCAUAGUUUGUACUUGCUCAAAGGUGUAAAUAAAUGUUUUCUUUAAAAAUG